AGGCGAGUAUGCGAAUGGAACCGAGCAACGAGCCGGACGAAGCAAAUUUUUGGGUUGUAGUUGGCAACGAAGUUGACAAGCAGGAACACCACCAAGACAAAGAAUUAUUGCGAUUUCUGGCUCAAAAACAAAUAUCUUAUCAAUUAUUAAAUAAAGAACAGUUUUCUCGUUAUAGCACCGAUAAAAAAAACCAAGGCAUAGUGGCUUUUAUUCGGAAUUAUGAUUAUGUUUCGCUUGCUUCUUUGUUAUCUUGUAAGCCAAGAGGUAAGUUUCCUUUAAUUAUCAUGUUGGAUGGCAUUGAGGACCCUCAUAAUUUUGGGGCCAUUUUGCGGACGGCUGCGGCUCUUAAUAUUGAUGGAAUCAUUAUUGCCAAAAAAAAUCAAGUUCCAGUUAAUAGUACAGUGGUUAAAGUCUCGGUAGGGGGGGUGGCUCAAAUUCCGGUCUGCCAAGUUGCCAGUCUGCCCGAAGCACUGAAUGAGUUAAAAAAAAACGACUAUCAAAUUAUUGCUACUGUUUGUGAGUCCAGAGCCAUUGAAUACAACAAAUUCGAUUUUAGUUUUCCCAUUUGCUUAAUUUUUGGCAAUGAACACGCAGGAAUUAGAAAAAAUUUAAUCAAAAAAAGCGACAAUUCUCUCUAUAUUCCUAUGAGUAAUAAUAUCGGUUCCCUAAAUGUUUCAGUCAGUUGCGGCAUCAUUUUAGCCCAAGUGGUUUCUCAAUGGGAAAAUCACAGAACAAAAAAAGCGCCAGGAAAUCUUGCAGGAAAGUGUGCGUUUAGCGAAAGAAAAAGUCCCCCUAGACCAACAAAUGUUAUCUUUG